CUACAUAAUAACCGAGGAGAGGUCUUGACGUGCGUAGUGGUCUAUAGCAAGAAGAUCUGGGCUGCAUCUUCAGAAGACGCAUUUUUCGUUACUCCUCUAACCUUAAGGGGGCUUUUUAGCUUUUGGUUAGCUAUCCGUUUCUGGAAAACAUCUGAAUCAUUUUUAUAACCAAAGCCAGCUGCUGCACAAGUCUAUGCGCGCGUGUAUGUGUGUGUGUUUGAGAGUGAGUGUGUAUUCGUUUGUACGAGGAAGAGGGAGAGAGUGUGAGAGUAUCUGUUCGCUUUGCUCUCCAAAAAGGAAGAAAAAAAACUUUGGACGUCUUUUUCCUCCCGAAACUUUUUUUAGGAAUGAACGCCGAGACGUGCGUUUCAUACUGCGAAAUGACAUCGAUGGAUUCAUAUUAUAGCCCAUCUGCACCGCAAGGUAGGGAUCACCAGGCGAACCCUUUCAGGACAUUCCAAGCGAGUGACACCAAAUACAGCCCCGCUUUCCUGACCAACAAAGGUCAGGCGUACGGGGAAAAAUCUGGGAGCCCGUUCCAGCAGGAAUGCCAGUCAUUGGAUGCCACUGCUGGGGAAGGCACCUUUAACAAAUACCACCUCUUCAUGCAGAGGUCCUCCUGCAAAACUCCUCCAGACAGCAGCAAACUCCAGCAGGAAAGCAGCGGACACAACGGAGGGCUCAUCGCUUGCUAUGGUAAAGACAGCACAGGGUUGACAGAUUCCGAGUUGCCCCAAAACAGUGAUCCAGCAGGGAUGGAUGGCAGCUACCUCAGCGUAAAGGAUUCAGGAGUGAAGAGCCCGCAGCAGGCAAACUCAGAACUGGCCUCUCCACUGGACAAAGCUGAAGGAGAGAGCAACAAGGGCAAGAAAAGACGCAACCGUACCACCUUCACAAGCUAUCAGCUGGAGGAGCUGGAGAAGGUCUUUCAGAAAACACACUAUCCUGAUGUCUACGCCCGGGAACAACUUGCACUGAGGACUGACCUGACAGAAGCCCGAGUACAGGUGUGGUUCCAAAACCGCAGAGCCAAGUGGCGGAAAAGAGAGCGUUUCGGACAGAUGCAGCAGGUCCGGACACAUUUCUCCACGGCCUAUGAACUCCCACUUCUCACUCGACCUGAGAACUACGCUCAGAUUCAGAACCCUUCUUGGAUAGGCGGCAGCAGUGCAGCAUCUCCUGUGCCUGGCUGCGUCGUACCAUGUGACUCAGUCACUUCCUGCAUGCCACCUCAUCCACAUGCUGCUAGCGGAGUGUCUGACUUCUUGGGUGUGCCCAGUCCUGGAGGCCACAUGGGACAGACACAUAUGGGCAGCUUAUUUGGGAGUCCAGGCAUGGGUACUGGCAUUAAUGGGUACGACUUAAACAUGGACCCCGACCGGAAAUCCUCCAGCAUUGCAGCACUGCGAAUGAAAGCUAAAGAACACAGUGCAGCCAUCUCUUGGGCUACAUGACUCCCCCAACAUCAAGACGCUAUCUCUGAAGUCCCUCAACAAAUAAGAGGAGAAGCAAAUGUGAACUUCAGUUAGCCACCAAAGCAUGACCUGGGAACAAGGAGUGUGUGGAUUGAUAAAGACAAUGAAGGGUAAUACAAAAAACCAUGAGAUUUAUUUCAAUCUGAAGUCUAGAGAGACAAGGGAAAAUCAGAGAUCAUAAAACUGAGAAUGUUCUGGCUUUAAAACAAGAAAGAAAUACAAGAAAGAAGACAGAAACUUGACAUUUGAAUGCAUCAAAGAAUUACACUAGAAUGAGAAAAAACAAACACACUGCACUUAUCCGCCACUAGUGUCCCAUUUGUAAACACACAUAAAUUUAUCUCAGAGCAUCUGGCUUUGGGCUCAGCAAUAUCAAAACCUGUUAAAUUCUUGUUCUGUCACAGACUCCUUCUUCCAAACAUGCCAUUUCUGCCUUGACAGUUCAAUAAGAUUCACAAUACAGAGUUUCUCACAAUCUUAUUGUAGCCUAUAUAUAUCCAAACAGCUAACUAGACAACUACAGAAGGCUUCCUCUUUCCUCGACGAAUUGUAUCUCUGGUACAAGUGCCUAACAAGUGCCUUAAGACAGUGCAAACCCAAUAUUACACAAAUACCAAAAGAUUAAGAGUUGCGAUUGUCGGUCCACAAUGCACUCCAUCUCUUAUCAUUUCUCUUUCAAUUUUACUGCAAGAAAGAGUUGAUCUAAAGCCUUUUGGCAAGAUACAGAUCCAUCAUAGCAGCUGCCAAUUUGAAAGUCAAACAUCACUAUGAACUACAAUCUCCAACGUGUAAAGAAUUCAAAAUGAUUUGAGGAAUUGGUUUGUGUUCCGAUCGCAAUAUCUUUGCAUCUUUUCAGCAAAUGCUAGUUCUGUAGCCACCCUGGCCUGAAUCUCUCCGUCCAGGCUAUCUGAAAUGUACAGUGUUGGGGCUGCCUGAAAUUUGAGCCAUGCUUCAUUAAUUUAUUGGCAGUACUUCUCAUUUCGCCAUCUUAAAUAAAACUAUCAACUUGCCAAUCUGCGCCUCAUCCACUACCACUAUGAUUGGGUGGAAGCAAUACUAAGCUCUGGCAUGUAAUCACUGACGCUGCCAUCCACUAAGGUGAUGGAAAUAGAAAGCGAGCCCCAUUUCAAGGUACUACAAGUUUUCUGAUUUUCCCAGAGUCAGAUUUAGAUCAGGUAAAACAAAGCUGUUUGAAAUCUUCAGCGGAAUCUGAUACGUUCUGCCCCUUGGAGAAGCCAUUUCUAAUUUGUAAAUGAGAACCACGUUUCCUUUCCUUCGCUCUGCUGUGCAGCGUAUCUGGAUCCCCGGAGAUAUGUAUAUAUGCACACAACUUUUUUAUUAUAAUACCAGAGCAGUGACUUACCUGGUUGAGGAGGGGGGGGGGUCACAACAUCGAACAAGUUUCAUAUCAAGUUUGUUUUAAGAAUGACAGAAAACUAGACUUCUAUUACAUACUGUUAAUACAGUUAGAGUAUAUGUUACGUUACUUCUAACAAUGCGUUAGAGUUUUAAUGGUGAGGUUAUAUGAUAUCUAAAGUAUACAGGCUACCUGUAGUUUGAGCCAUGCCUCAUUAAUUUUUGCUGAAGUCCUCACUGCAUCACAUAACUGAGCAUCUCAUCCCUCAACCCAUCAAAUGCACUUCCUGAAAAAAAUCAUAGAUAAUGUUAAUGUGAUUUCCAUUAAGACUAAUGUUUCAGAUCAAGGAUAACUACAAUGAUAAUAAAAAUUAAAAUCAUUCUAAAUUUAAAAAUAGAAAUAAUAAAUGAAUAACUUUCAAAUUAUCUCCAGCUAAUAAAUUGAAUAAACUCUGACAUUAUAAUCCAAUCCAUCCUGCUUGAAAAAGCUAAAGCAUUAAAAAUAGUGGUCAAAAUCACAACAGACCUUAUUGUGCAUUGGUGAGGAUUCCAAGCCUGCUCCAGCACACUUACCUGUAGGUUUUAAAUAAGCCUGAAGGACUUAAUUAGUUUGAUCAGGAGUGUUUAAUUAGGGUUCAAUCUAAACGAUGUAGAUCUGCGGCCAUCCAGGAACUGCAAUUGACACCUGUGACUUAAUGCUAAACAUUGAAUACUAAUGGUAAACUUAGCAUUCCUUAAACCUUGAAACUACCAUUCGUUACUAAAGCAGGCCCAACCUGUAGAUUCCCAUCCACCAGAGUGACAGUUCAACCUCCAGCCCUUAUUGACCGCUAUGAAGAGUUCUGCCAGUGCAUAGAUUUGGCCUUUAAGAGGUUAGUGAGAGAGUGAAGUGACUAUAGUGUUCCGGUGUUCUGGGAAAGGACAAUCCACACAGCUGUGUGCAAAGUAAAUGCAAAACAAACAUGCCUUGCUCAUGCUUCCCUUCAGCUGUCAUGGCUCUUCUUUCAAAGCCCCUUGCUGAACAGCGACGGCCUGCUACUUCAGCCAAAGCAUCAGUCCUCAGCGACUCAGUGAGUCAAUGCACACCCGUGCUCUCAGGCAGCCUUUUUAAUUAACACAGAGACAUCUGUGGAGAGGGAUUCUGUGACAGAACAGAGCAGCCUGGGCUCCAUGUUUGCCUAUCUAUAACUAUAGUGGAGCCAUCAGGGGCAUCAGCGAAGCUCAGGUCAACACUAUCAUUAGUUUGUGUAGAACCAGCACAUAUACACACAUACCAUUAAAUGAGCUAAUCUGCAUAUCACCCAGGUCAUCACAUUUGCUUUUAAAUCUCUUGUAUUUCAUUCAAAGGUAAUUAAAUGUAAAAUAGUCAGGAUUGUAAAGUGCCAUAAGAAAAUGGUAAUUGCCAAACGGUACCUUGAAGAUGCCUAUGAGUUACAGAGACGCUUAAGUCUCUGUUCCAUCUCUCAAAACUUAUACUACUGAAGAAGGCAUAUCCAAGUACUACAAUAAUAUAAUGCUUUGUUUUGCGUGUGGUUGCAUGUACGGUUUUCUUUGGAUUCCUUUCUUGCAUAAAAAAAAACCCUUGGAGUUCUUUUGUAAAAAAAAAAAAAACCUUAUUAGAAAUAUAUUAUUUUAUGUGUGACUGAGGGUUCUUGCUUUUGUUGUAUUGUGGGUCUGGGGUUAAAAUGCGAAACUUUUUUGAUUUGUGGGUAUGUAAAUGAACCUAAAAUAGAUGUGAUGGCUUAAAGCUAAACAAGGCUUUUGAAUUGUUUUAAAUAAUAAUUUACUUUCAAGCUUGUUUAUGUUCUAUAUAUAUUGUGUGAUUUACAACCGUAAGUUAUUGCACUUACAAUUUUAUUGUUUGAAUUGCUUUGAGAACAUCAGAACUGAGUGGAAUAUCACUAUAAAAUGUAUGCACUCAUUUGGCUGAUCAAGAACUCUGAGAACAUAAGGAUAAAGGAAAUUAAAUGGGGGUGGUGAAAUGUUGUGGGUUAGCUUUUUUCAGAUUUGUUUCACCUCUGUAAAACAAGCUGUAGUUUUUUUAUUUGCUCCAAAGACAAUAAAAAAGCAGCAACAUUUCUUGAAAACUGACAGAAAAUGUUCUCAGAGUCUGAUAUAACUUGAAAUAAAGUUAUACUAAAAACGUAAAGUUCCAAUUGGCUAAAGAUUGUGCUUUUAACUAGGAUUCCCCACUAAUGGGUUAAAAAAAUAUCUAAAGUUACUAGCUCGAUACAGGUGCUGGGUAUUCUACUAUGAAUGUUUCAUUUAAUUUCAUUCAUGACAUUUUCUGUGUGCUCAUUUUUGUUUGUUUCUCUAAAUCCAAAUGAAUAAAAAAAUGAAAAAACUAAAUCAUACGAAA